UUAAUACAUUGUCUUCUAUUAUAUAGAUUUGCUAAAUGUAUCAAUAGCUCAAGAGAACUCUUCCGCAGGGUACACAAAAACAUAUGCUUUGCGUAUUCUUUUUUAUUUUCUAUAUGUGAUGUUCGGGGCUGAUAUAAUAUUGAUACUGCAGAAAUUGUUAGUCCUAAUGAAAUUCGGCGUUUCUCUCGACGUCGGCACCGUAUUUGUCUACGCGGCCUACGACUUCCCCCUGUUUGAGCGGUGGCCCCGCGAACGCAUUAUACAAGCGAUCCAGCGCCAACAGGAUGGUCUUAUCGUCACCGUCGAUUGAACCGUCCAAACCACUCCAAAACCCUAAAGAGAAAGAAAAUAAGCCCACAGCCACCCCUCGAGAACACGCACUCUUUCUCUCUCGAACCCUAAUUCCCCUUCCACCCUCGCCCUCUUCUCCCUCUCGCCAUCGCGGAGAUGGCCCCGAAACGCCCCGCCGCUGCGGACCCCGAAUCCUCGUCCUCCGAGGAAGACGAGCAAGAGGAGGAAGAGGACGUGAACCUCUCCUCCCCUCCCCCCAGGAAGCCCCCCUCCUCGUCCUCCUCCAAGAAGCCCGAGAACCCCUCCUCGAAGCCCCCUCGCAAACCUAGCGGCGACGAGGACGAGGAGGACGACGACGAGGACGAUGGCUCCGGCUCCGACGACUCCGAAGACGACGACGACAAGAGCAAGAAGAAGCCCCCUCCCCAAUCCCAAUCCCAAUCCCAAUCCCAAUCCCAAUCCCAGUCCCAACCGCAACCCCAACUCAAACCCCACCAA